GACAUCAGUAUUUCGAGCCAUGGGACAUCUAUGAUGAUCUUUAACAUUAUAGCCAAACUACACAUUGAAGACACAAUCCUGUUUCUAUUAAGCGGUGCCGUCGAAGAUUAAUUUGUAGGUGAAUUAAAGGCUGAAGAUAUUUUAUAUAUACAGAACGCUCAUCAACUAUGGCGACAGCAGAUAAUUUUGAGACUUUGUCUUCUGGUGCAAGAGUAGGAUAUGAUAACAUCACUCUCUGCAAUGUAACAUUUUUUAUUGAAACGGGUGACUAUAUUCUUCAAGACUACGCUACCCGUAUCAUCUUAGCUCUCCUACUCCUCGUCAUCUUCCUGAUCGGAAUCCUUGGAAAUCUCUUCGUCGUCGCCGCCGUCAUCCUCUCCAAACGACUCCAGAACACCACAAACGUUUUCGUCAUCAACUUGGCCGUCGCAGACUUUUUGACAGCUAUGUUCCUUCCCGUUCACGCCUCCACGCUCUUGAGUAAAUCUAGUUGUUACAUCCCGGAGCUGCUCUGCCAGUUUGUAGCGGCAGCAUCCUUAACCACGCUCGGGUGUAGUGUUGUCACCUUGGCAAUGGUAGCGUUUCAUCGCUUCACUGUCCUGUACGCUGUUUUAAAACCAGAACCAAAGUUCGACAACGCAUUUAGCACUCGGAAUAUCGUGAUAAUGGUUUCGUUUACCUGGCUCUACCCAAUUGUUCUCAUGUGUAUCAUAUUACCGUUGGACAUUGGGUCCCUUGGAUACGCUGUCCAGUACAAAGUAUGCGCGAAAGACACAGCGAGUAAUGAUUCCGACUACCUGACCCUGACAGUAUGUCUGCUCGUUCAGUUUCCCGCCUUCGUCGUCAUCAUCGUCUGCUACGUCUAUAUUUUCAAAAUGUACAGGCGUCAUCAACGCGAGAUGAACGCCACUAUGGCGCCCUCACCCUAUAUGAUGUCCUCUACCAAUAGUGAAAUCGAUGUUACAAUCAUUGAAGACUUGCCAAUGGAAGAAUCGGAUACUCCUAACGAUGGUAACAUCAAUGUUGGUUUUGAUGAAAGUGACGGCAUCAAGACCGCGCCACCUGAAGAUCGAGAAAUCUUAGCAGAACCUUUUGACGCAGCGGAGCUUCGGGAAAGCGAAACAAUGAAAAAUGGGAAACAUUCUCUCGCAUCUCGAAAAUGCCCAAACUCGAACAGCCAUACAACCAGUGAAUUAUCGACCAGCUCGGUGCAACCCAGAGCUCUUCGUCAGCCCAUCACUGUGGACACUCUAGCCAGGGACAAGCAGAAUGUUCGCUUCAAGCAACAGCGUCAGAUAACCAUCAAUCUAUUCAUCGUUGUCUGCGUCUAUACAAUAUGCGUGAUGCCAUCAGCUAUCAUCUUCCCCAUACCAUCCACAGGUCCAGCCAUACCUUGGCUUACGUUACUCUUCCUGCUCAACUCAUGCGUGAAUCCAAUCAUAUAUGCUUUGAGGCAUCCAACCUUUAGCGCCGUUCUCAAGUGCAUGGUGAAAUGUAGGUUUAGAGACAUUCCAGAGCCUUCAUCCUUCCUGAGGUCGACUUCACUCUCCUAG